UGUGAGUUCUUUGGUGCAGCACGAACAUGGAGGCUCUUAUCCCGGUGAUAAACAAGCUGCAGGACGUGUUCAACACGGUGGGGGCGGACAUCAUCCAGCUGCCGCAGAUAGCAGUGGUCGGGACUCAGAGCAGUGGUAAGAGCUCGGUUCUGGAGAGCCUGGUGGGCAGGGACCUCCUUCCUCGUGGGACUGGCGUCGUCACUAGGCGACCCCUCAUCCUCCAGCUGGUCCAUGUGGAUCCUGGAGACUCAAGGAAAAAUGAAGAUGGUGGUAUGUACCAACAUCCCUCUGACCUCAGCAGAGGGCUGAAGGGUGAAGAGUGGGGCAAGUUUCUGCACACAAAAAAUACGAUCUACACAGAUUUCGAUGAAAUCAGGCAAGAAAUCGAAAAUGAGACGGAGCGAGUGUCGGGGAAUAAUAAGGGGAUCACCGAUGAACCCAUUCAUCUGAAGAUAUUUUCUCCUCAUGUCGUCAACCUCACAUUAGUGGAUCUGCCAGGAAUCACCAAGGUGCCCGUAGGGGAUCAGCCCAAGGACAUUGAGGUUCAGAUAAAAGAUCUGAUCCUGAAGCACAUCUCCAACCCCAACUCCAUCAUCCUGGCUGUCACAGCUGCCAACACAGACAUGGCCACCUCGGAGGCGCUGAAGGUGGCACGGGAGGUCGACCCAGAUGGCAGGAGGACACUUGCUGUGGUGACCAAACUGGACCUGAUGGACGCUGGUACCGAUGCGAUGGAUGUUCUUAUGGGCAGAGUCAUUCCUGUCAAACUGGGCCUCAUCGGAGUCGUCAACAGGAGCCAGUUGGACAUCAACAAUAAGAAGUCUGUGGCUGAUGCCAUCCGGGACGAAUAUGCUUUCCUGCAGAAGAAAUAUCCGUCUCUUGCCAACAGAAAUGGAACCAAGUACCUGGCCAGGACCCUGAACAGGUUGCUGAUGCAUCACAUCCGAGACUGUCUCCCUGACCUGAAGGCACGGAUCAACGUGUUGGCAGCUCAGUACCAGUCCCUGCUCAGCAGCUACGGCGAACCCGUCGAGGACCAGAGCGCCACCUUGCUCCAGCUCAUCACCAAGUUUGCCACAGAAUACUGCAACACCAUCGAGGGCACGGCCAAGUACAUCGAGACGGCAGAGCUGUGCGGCGGAGCUAGAAUUUGUUACAUAUUCCACGAGACGUUUGGCAGAACGUUGGAGUCCGUGGAUCCUCUGGGAGGACUCAGUACCAUAGAUAUCCUGACAGCCAUACGGAACGCCACUGGUCCGCGCCCGUCGCUGUUUGUGCCCGAGGUCUCGUUCGAGCUGUUGGUGAAAAAGCAGGUGAAACGCUUGGAGGAGCCCAGUUUGCGCUGUGUGGAGCUGGUCCACGAGGAGAUGCAGAGGAUCAUCCAGCACUGCAGCAACUACAGCACACAGGAGCUGCAGAGGUUUCCUAAGCUACACGAGGCCAUUGUGGAAGUGGUCACCUCCCUGCUGAGGAAGAGACUGCCCGUCACCAAUGAGAUGGUCCACAACUUGGUUGCGAUUGAGCUGGCCUACAUCAACACCAAACAUCCAGACUUUGCAGAUGCCUGUGGUGUCAUGAAUAACAAUAUAGAGGAGGAAAGGAGGAACAGGAUGAGAGAGCUGCCCGCUGCAGUGUCGAGGGAUAAGGCUGAGCAGGACGGCACAGGCAGCUGGAGGGGGAUGCUGAAGAAAGGAGAGGAAGCCCCCGGCUCUGGACCUGGAAGCCCCUUUAAAGGAGCCGUCAACCUGCUGGAUGUGCCUGUGCCAGUCGCCAGGAAGCUGUCAUCACGUGAGCAGCGGGACUGUGAGGUCAUCGAACGCCUCAUCAAGUCGUACUUCCUCAUUGUCCGAAAGAACAUUCAGGACAGUGUGCCGAAGGCAGUGAUGCACUUCCUGGUCAACCAUGUGAAGGACAGCCUCCAGAGUGAGCUUGUUGGCCAGCUGUAUAAAUCUGGCCUCCUCAAUGAUCUGCUGACCGAGUCAGAGGAUAUGGCUCAGCGGCGCAAGGAGGCCGCGGACAUGCUACAGGCGUUGCAGAGAGCCAGUCAGGUGAUUGCUGAGAUCCGGGAAACUCAUUUGUGGUGAAAUGGAGCUGAACAUCAUCUGUUUUCUCCUCGUGGUGCCCAAAGGACUGACGCUCCAUGAACCUAUCAUCUCUGAACUUGAAGUUAAGGUUUUGCAACCAUGAAAAUGCACUGUUCUGCUCCCUGCUCAGACCUACAGUAGGUAUUAUUUAUGCUAACAGGCUACCUGAAAGAAAUGUAAGUUGGCUUCAUUUGUUAUUUUGAAUACGUGAGGCUAAGGUAGAAAGUGUAGUUGCCUCCUACUGCUCCUGGAGGAAUCAAAAGGCAAAGUACUGUUUUGGCAGACAGCGGUUAACCAGUAGGAAAACGGACUUUUGUGUGAUGAGGAAAUGAAAGUUUAGAUGCCAUGUUUGCAGCAAAUCAUUAUGGAAAAUUUCUUUAGGGUUAUAAAAAUCUAAAAAUAUUUCUCAGCCUUUUCAUACGAGAGUAGCUGUCAUGUGUCAGUAACUGGUUCACUGAAUUCAAAUGCACACUUUGCUCCUGAAUCGCAGAAAACGUUAGUCACGUCACUUGUGUACAUAGUCCAUUACUUUGUUUGCACUGUUGUCACCACACUGUAUAGAGAGGCCAUCAUGUUGACACUGUAUCGCCAAAACAUUUAUUUAUUAAUGUGUUAUUUAAGUGUGUGGAUGAUGUUACAAGCACUAUUGCAGCGUGCUGCUUAUUUAAUUAUGUUUACAUAUCUAUCUACAUGUGAAAUU